GAUCCCGAACUUGCGGUGUUGCGGGCGGGGGCGAUUUCCUCAGCGCUGGCCGCCAGGUGGCUCUGCCGCUUGCUUGGGCGGGCCGGGCGCUCGCUCCGCGCUCUUGGUCCCUCUGCUCAGCGGGCUGGGGCGGAGCUUCCUGGGUCAGCUGCUGCGCGGCCUCCAUAGCUGUGACCCGAAACCCUGCCCUGAGCCGCUGCUGCUCCCCAGCCGGGAGAGCCCUUCCCUAGCGCCCCUCUGGGCCCAGCCGGGGGGACUUUCUCCGGGGGCCGACACCAGCCCCUGAGCCGGAGCCUGCAGGUGAGUGCAAGCAGGAAACAUCUUCAUUCGCAUGUGCUGGUAAAAAGCAACUCAUGACAAGAUGCCUCCGAAGCGAUCCAGAGGAAAUGGUUCACAGGGACUGAACCAGAAAAAGUCCCUCAAGAAUCAGAGGAAGUCGGACAAGCUACAGAAGAGCUCUCUUGUGCAGAGAGAGGGUAAAUCAGGCAUCCGCGGGAGAGCUGUGAGGAAGAGCAAAGACACCAUCGUCUGCCAGAGAGCAUAUGCAGGGGAGAGGCCCAACAUCUGCAUCGAGUGUGGGAAAAGCUUCACCCAGAACUCAGACCUUAUGAACCAUCAGAGAACCCACACGGGGGAGAAACCCUAUAAAUGCAUCGACUGCGGGAAGAGCUUCAGCGUCAGCUCAAACCUGAGUCGACACCAGAGAACCCACACGGGGGUGAAGCCCUAUCCCUGCACUGAUUGCGGGAAAAGCUUCACAGACAAGUCCACCCUGACCCAGCACCAACGCGUCCAUACGGGUGAGAAGCCUUAUAAAUGCAUCGACUGUGGGAAGAGCUUCAGCCGCAGCUCCCACCACAAGAGGCAUCUGAGGAGCCCUCCAGGGAAGAGACAGGACAAAUGCAUACACUGGGAAAGUGCCACUAUUGGGAAGGUGAAAGAAACUAAAGUGUCUAAGAAGAAAACCCCGACCAUCGAGAUCCCCAACACGUGUGCCGAGUGCUGGCAAAGCUUCAGCCAGAACUCGGACCUGGUCAAACACAUGAGGAUCCACACAGGAGAAAAACCCUACGAGUGUCCUGACUGCGGAAAAAGAUUCAAUGUCAGCUCAAACCUGAUCCGACACCAGAGGAUCCACACGGGAGAGAAGCCCUACACGUGCUCUGACUGCGGGAAAAGCUUCACUGACAAAUCCACUCUGACCCAGCACCACCGGAUCCACACAGGAGAGAAACCCUACAUAUGCACUUACUGCGGGAAAAGCUUCAGCCGCAGUUCCCACCACAAGAGACAUGAGCGAACCCACACCGGGGAGAAUCCUGUGUCCUUUCUGCCCUUGUGGCCCUACCCCACCCAGACAUACUGAAAUCAUUCCAUUGGUUCUGGGCAGUGGGAGCUGAGGGCCCAGGAACCAAGUGGGAGAUUUUCCCAAGCCCCAGCGUGAUUCAGUAGCACAAUCCCCCAUCAGGUUCCAGUAAGACAUAGGGUCCCCUGUGCUUGUGUCACUUCUGGGCUUGAGACCUAGGUACCUAAAUCAGUUAGGUGUUGCAAUGUUGCAUAGAGUUACGUCUUGACAACUGUAAGAAUUUGGGCCUCAAAUCCCACCCAGAGCAAAGGGAGAUCUCUGAGGGGUUUUCAUUAGAGAAUUAAGGAGUAAGCUACCCCAAUUCCAUUAGUAUUAUUUGUAUCGUCGUAGCACCUAGCAGCCCCAGUCAUGGACAAGGAACCACAGUGCUAGGCGCAGUACAAACACAGAACAGAGAGAUGGUCCCUGCCCCACAGAAUCAACAGGAUCUGGGUGCCUAACUCACUUAGACCCCGUGAACAUCCAGAAUUUCAUAGAGUUUAGGGCCAGAGAGGACAAUUAGAUCGUCUAGCCUGACCUCCUGUAUAUCACAGGCGACGAAUCUCACUCAAAUACCGCUAUAUUGAGCCUAAUUACUUUAAUUAAACUAAAACCUUUCAGCGCUUAAGAGACUAAACUGUUGUGAGUCAGAGAAGAGAACAGGAGAGACCAACGGGCCCCUGCCAUGGCUGGGAAUUGAUUAGGUGAGAGAUGCCAGUAUGAUCCCAGCAUCUCUGCACCGGGGGAAAAUUCUUACCCAACCCCAAAUCUGGUGAUCAGUCUGACCCUGAGCAAGUGAGCAAAACCUACCAGCCAGGCAUAUAGAAAAAGGAUUCUCUGAACCACUUCAGAGCAUUGGUUUACCUCACCUGGGUCUUGUUGCCAAUCUCUGAUGCUUCAGGGAAAGGUGAAAAAGGAACCCAGAUACAUCUGGCCAAUGGUGCAUUGGAAAAAAAAUUCCAUCCUGUCCCCUGUAGGGGAGCAUCUGAAGCAUGAGAUUUGGUUAUUGUCAUUACAUAGUAUAGCCAGUGUGCAGGGCGGGGGUGGGAUAAAGAGCCUGUUCUUUGGGGCACCUCUUUCAGCAGGGAGCUACUUCUUAGAAGAAUUUAUUUGGUUUUACAUGAUCAUUGGCCUGUAUGGAUGAGUUGAGGUGGACAGUGGAGCCCUGUUCCCAGCUGGGCUGGUGUGUACAAUGUGAUUGGAUACCCCGGAACUGGCACUCGCUGGUCUUUUUGCACAGUGUCAGCUGGGAAGGUAAGCACUCCGGAAGCCCAGAGGAUCUGAACUUCCCUGAGCCCCAGGGAAGCCCUGUAGACUUCAGCUGGAGCUAUGAAAUCAGGGCUCAGUCUGGGUUUAGCCUGCACUUCCGUUACCUGUGGUGAGGAUAUGAAGGGGCCGUUGAGCCUGGCUCCUCUCCCCAACACUGAUCCCCAUCUCUUGUGCAGUUGGUCAGAUUGGACACGGAUCCAGCAGAUCCCCCUGUGCUGAUGCAUUCAGAAAAGGGGGUUUCUCUCUCCUUUUCUGUGUAAAUAGCCUCUCCCCCUUCAGUUAACUUUGCUGGUUCUCUGCGCUGGCACCUUCAACCAGUCUGUGACACAUCACUCCAAACUCCAGUUUGUCAUGCUGUCGGAGCUGAGCUGAUAAGAUGUUGGAGCCAGGGGCCUGGGGAUUCCCCCGUUUUCCAGCUGGGAGCAAACUGCCUUGAGGCAGGUUAUAUUCCCCUCAGUCCACCCCACCCACCAGCUUUCGUUACCCUGCUCUCCAUAUCACACCCAGCCCAUUAAUUGAAAUCUCUGCCCCAGAACAGGGAGCUGGGCACUGCCGUGGUUCUGCUCCCCUGGCUCCAACACCCUGGGCCUCAGUCUCCAGAGUUUAUUCGUCCCCAUCCCGUGGAAUUUGGGUCAGUUGAGGGGACUCACAGCUGCACCAGCUGAGUCCCGGAGCCCAGGGUGCGUGUGAGAGGUUACUCAGAGCUGGAGUGGCUGCUCCCAGGGAGGCUGGGUGCAUGGACACUCCCAGUUGUGGCAGAGCCCCUCUCUGUUGCAUGUGUAGUUGCAAAACAUGUUAAAUGCAUUAUGCUUUAUAGAGAACAAUUCUAUUUAAAAAGCCUCGGGCGCCUUGGAAAAUCCCAGCUUGAGAUUUUGGACCAUUGUGAGAACAAUGAACAGUAAUUGCCCAAGGACAAGGUGCUAUGUAAAAUAUCCCCUGUUGUAUUAUUUCAGCACUAGCUUGUAGGGAGAGCUGGAUGGUAGCAGAGAGCAACCAGGGCACAGGGGUAGCGUUACAUGUUCAGAACCCUGACUUGUUUGCUUACCUGCUCAGCCCGAACGCUCCCUUCAUCUGGGCAUUUUUUAUUUUGCAUAGAUGCCACUGAUGCUAUUCUAGUGACUGCUGAUGCUCUGAUUUUUCCUGCUCUGCUGAUGAUCGGCUUGUAUCUGUUGCAGGUGCUAACAUUUUGCCUUUUUAAAGUAUCAUCAUUAAAUGGGAAACUGACUGUC